CACACACACACACCAAAUACCAGGGUCAAAUUUCAAACCUCUCUUUCUCUUUUCUCCCACCAACUCUCUACCCAGAACAGAUUCCACUUCCAUAGCUCCAGAGUCUAGACUCACUACUCACUAGUCUUCUCAAUUGUCGCCAUGGAGAAGAUGCCACAGGUGAAGAAGGAAAAUGAUCAGCUUCUUCCUGCUCAGCCUAUCCUAGCAGCAGCAAGCGUUUAUAGGUCUCCCUUUGCACAGCUGAAGCUGGCCGCCAUUGCUAUCAGUCUAAAUAUACGUCUGAGAUCCGCCGAUAUGCCGGCAAACAUGCAGGAGCGGGCGUUUCGAUACACCAAAUCACUCGUCGAUGCGGCUCCCAACAGCCGACCCAAUCCCACCCACAUAGCUCGCGCUCUGAAGAAGGAGUUUGACUCGUCGUACGGCUUGGCGUGGCAUUGUGUAGUGGGAACGAGUUUUGGAUCGUUCGUGACUCACUCACCUGGGGGAUUUGUCUACUUCUCUCAUGGCUCGCUCUCCAUUCUCCUCUUCAAAACCGAGGUUCGACCUGUCAUGGAAAUGGCGCCCCCUCAUUGAUGAAGAAAAUAAUGGGUCAAGAGAAAACGACUUGUUAUUCCUUUGUUGGUAUCCAAUCCUGCUUUAACUUUUAUCUCUCUUCACUGAGUUCUGUGUUCCUGUUCCAACAUUUGAUCUUCAGUCUUAAGAAUUCUCCUUUCAUCCUUGAUCC